CUAAUCACGGCAGUCGGCAUCGGAUGAGAAGCAUCAUCCCAUAUAGCUCCAAAUGGGAGUUCCGGCCCCUCUCACGACUGUCAUCUUUAUUUAAAAAGCCACGCUGAGACGUCCUUGUUAGAUCCGAUUCGUUUUGGAGAUUAUAGUCCACCAGUUUGGAGCGAUGUAUAUUAUCAGCCUGCAGACCGUCGGCUACGGCCUUUUGGCCAUCUUUGCCAUCUUUGUCGCCCGAAUCAUCGUCACAGGCAUCACAUGUCCCGUCGGCCACAUCCCGGGACCAUGGCAUACUCGCUUCUCCCACCACGUUCUCAAACUGCAUACCCUCACGGGCCGACGCAUGCACUACGUGCACUCGCUCCACCACCGGUACGGCCCCGUCGUGCGCAUCUCGCCGCUCGAGGUCGCCGUCGCGGACCCCGAGGGCUUCGCCGCCAUCCACAAGAUCGGCGCCGGCUUCCUCAAGGGCCCGUGGUACGCGACAACCGCCGCCGGCGUCGAGCCCGGCAUCUUCUCCAUGGUCGACCCGAAACAGCACGCCGCCCGUCGGAGGCUGUUCGCCCGCGCCUUCACGGGUGCGUCCCUACGCCGGAACUGGGAGCCUGUCGUGCGGGAAAAAGUCGAGAGAGCUGUUGAGCGGAUCAGGACGGACGCCCUGGGCGGCACGGCCGAUGUGCUGAAGUGGUGGACGCUCAUGACGACCGAUGUCAUUGCCCAACUCUCCUUUGGCGAGUCCUUUGAGAUGUUGGAACUGGGCGAGAAAAACGAGUAUAUCAAGGCCCUCGAAUCCAUCUUCGUCAUGAGCUCGAUCCGCGCUGAGCUGCCGCUGCUGUACCGCGUGGCACGUCUCCUCCCGGUCAAGUCGAUUCGGAACAUCCUCGACGCCCAACGCAUUGUUGAUCGCCAUGGCGUCAGAGCAGCGGCGAACCUGCGCCGGAACGGACACUCGGCCAGCCUUUUUGGGAACAUGCUCGCCGAGAGCGAGGCGGGCGAGAAGUCGGACUUGACGGAGGACAAGGUGCAGGCCGAGGCGGGGAACUUCAUCGUGGCCGGAUCGGACACGACGUCGGUCACCCUCACGUACCUGGUCUGGGCCGUGCUCAAGAGACCCGAUCUGCAGGCCAGGCUGGAGGCCGAACUGGCCGGCGUCGAUGACGGAUUCGACGACGCGGCUCUGGAGGAGCUGCCGCUGUUGAACGCCGUCAUCGACGAGACUCUCCGCCUGUACGGGGCGGCUCCGGGGAAUCUGCCUCGGUCCGUCCCCCCGAGCGGAGCUACGCUUGGAGGCUUCUUCGUGCCCGGUGGCGUUGUCGUCGAGACGCAGGCGUACACUCUCCACCGACACUCGAGCGUGUAUCCCAACCCGCAAAACUUCGACGAGACGCGCUUCCUGGACCAGGACCCGCUCUCCAAGCAGAAGACGCGAGUGUUUGCGCCUUUCGGGGCCGGGACCCGCAUCUGCAUCGGCCUACAUCUCGCCCGGAUGGAACUCCGCCUGGCCGCGGCCGUCUUCUUCAGGAAGUGUCGCGGGGUGAGGCUUGAGGAUGACAUGACGGACGACAUGAUGGAGAUGCAAAACUUUUUCCUCAUCAGCCCGGUCGGACAUCGCUGUGACGUGACUCUCAGGUGACGGGGAUGAAGAGGGAGCUUCAUGUACUUGAUACAGCUAGGGGGCGCAUGUCUCGUGUGAAGACGACACUCAUACGUGGGCGUCUACAUUGACCUCGUCUUCAAGCCCAUGUGGAAUGGAUAAGACGACUGCUGGUCAUUCAGUCCUCCUGCAGCAUGUGGCUCGCUUGUAGAUUCUGGGUGUACAAAAUCGAUAGGCGAGGACGCCGAGGAGAUGGCCCAGCUCAGUAGAAGCAGCGGAACUUGCUUCGCGUCAAUCUUUAGUGCAAUUCAGUUUACACUUGUUCAUCUGCUGCGCACGUUAUU